UUACCAAAUGUGCUUAAUUGAUGAAAAUCACUUGGAUUCACGUAUUGUUUAAAUGCUCACAUCUACUUGUCUAAUACUAUAAAUAUUAACAUUUGGUGUAUGUAAGCCUGCAUCAUAUAAUAUAAAAUGUAUAGAUAUUAUGUUCAGCUCAAAAAAAUUUUAUCGUUUACUUUAUAUCAUCAGUAUGUCAUCUGUUUAAGUGAUAUACGUCCUGUUUUAGUAAUCAUAUAAUAAUUAAAUCUCAGAACUGCUGCAACAAUAAUGCUUCUAGGCACUAUCUCGGAUUCUCUUGUAAGCAUUCUGAUAAUUGCUCUUUCGCUUUCCGAGGGUAUAUCUGUUUUGUAAAAUCACCUUGCUUAUGACUAGUUAUGAGAUUCAUUCUGCUGCUGUGCCUAAUUUCAACUACAAUUUGUCAGAUAUUAGCAAAAUUAAGUUCCAUUCAACUUUCCAGCUGAUACAUACUCUUGAUCGAUUAGAUAACGUACCAUCUAAUACCUUUGUUUACAAAUAACAGUGGUCUAAACGUUUUCUUUUUGAGUUAUUUACAGUGGAAUCAAAUCAUAAGAAUAUCCGGAACAUAAUGCUUUGCAUCAUUUUUUAUUUUACUUUUGUGCAAAACUAAAAACUGUUUGUUCGAAUGCAUGCGUGGAUGCAAGAAAUUAGAAAACACACUGUUUUCAGGGGUCUUAAAACAAGUAGUAUGAUACUCAGGAUGUACACCAGUAGGUUAUAAUUUGACAACAAUAAAUUACGUGUUCAUCAAAAAAAACCAUCCGAUAAAUAGCUGUAUUGGAUCUACAAAUGAUUACCAGAUUUUCCUAAAUGAUAAGCUGUAUUUGUAACUUGAUGGUCUAUCAAAUCAAUAUAAAAAUCUCAAGGGAUCACAGAAAAUAUGAUAUUAACCCUUAAAUUCCAUUGCUCUCUCUUGCUUUUGAAGAUUGAAUUUGGAUAGAACGAAAUUUGAAAAACGUACUCAACAAAAUAAUGAACUACAUGAAUUUGUUUUUCAAUCCUCAUCAAUAACGAGUACUAUUUCCACCCUGCUAAGGUGAGAUGUCACAGACUGUUGUAGCACCAAGCGGAAUGGAACGUAGCAUACACGAAAUGCUCAAGGAUGCUCCAUCCUUAAAUGAGAGCGAAAAUGCAGUACAUACUGGAACACCACCACCGCACAAUCCUAACAAUCACAGUAGCGGACCAUCGAGACCUGCUACUAUGAAUCUACCUGCUGGCAGUCCAACAUCACAGAAUGCAACUGUGACAACCCCAAAUACACCACUUUCAAAUGGCGAUGCUCAGACAAUGCGUUCUGCUCAAAGCAAGAUUGAAAGUAUUAGGAACUGGAGCAUUUCCACGUAUAAAUGUACCAAGCAACUGAUGUAUGAAAAGCUUGGUAAAACGUCACGCACUGUAGAUUCUGAGCUUGAGGCUCAGAUUGAACUUUUGAGAGACACACAGCGGAAAUAUUGUAACGUAUUACGGCUAUCCAGAGCCCUGGCAUCCCACUUUCAUCAUGUGGUGCAGACUCAGCAUGCGCUGGGAGAAGCAUUUUCAGAAUUGGCACAGAAAUCGCCUGAAUUGCAAGAAGAAUUUCUGUACAAUUCAGAAACACAGCGUAACCUUACUAAAAAUGGGGAAACACUUUUGGGGGCCUUAAACUUCUUUGUCUCGUCUGUUAACACUCUCUGUAACAAGACUAUUGAGGAUACACUGUUGACUGUCCGUCAGUAUGAAACCGCUAGAAUAGAAUAUGACGCUUACAGAACUGAUCUAGAAGCUUUGGCGCAAGCUGCGAAAACAGAUGCUAGUAGCGCAUCUAGAGUGGAAGAAGCUCAAGCCAGUUAUGAACAACAUAAACAAAAUUUUGAAAAACUUCGAUCUGACGUUUCAAUAAAACUUAAGUUUUUGGAUGAGAAUAGGAUCAAAGUAAUGCAUAAGCAGCUGCUUCUGUUUCAUAAUGCUGUGUCAGCCUAUUUUUCCGGGAACCACACAGCAUUGGAGGCUACAUUGAAGCAGUUUAACAUCAAAGUUAAAUCGCCAAACUCCUCCCUACCGUCCUGGCUAGAACAAUAGAAAUGCUCCAUGAAAAUGUCCAGUCAUUAAUGCCUAGAAAUGAAACAUCUACACCAGCAUUCUGCGUGCCGGAUGUAGAGGUAUGUUUCCACUUGCCACGUCAGUCAAGUAAAUUAAAAUCUGUGCCACGCCAAUACAAUGACGUCCUCAUGCUAGAUUUGCAGAACAAGAAUAUGAGAUCUUCAUUAAGCUGAGUGAGUCUGAUGAUUUUUGGUAGAUAUAAUGCUUUGUUCUAAGUUAAAAUACUAAUCUGUUUAUGGAAUUUUCACCAAAAUUGGUAUCCAUUCGCCCUGUGAACUGUUAGAACGUUAUGGUCAUAUCUGUAUCCUAGGUAUUGUCGUUUGAACUAUUGGAUCUUGGAAAGACAAGACACAAUUGCGAUAUUUGGCUAGGUAUGCAGUCAUAUCCGACGUACACUUUUGAGAAUUUUCUAAGAUUAUCAUGAUUUUUAUCAAGAUGAUAAGGCACUUGAUGGAAACAAUUAAAUUCUUGACAUUGAAUGACCAGCAAUUGUAGUCAACAUAGGUUUAAUCUGGGUUUGAUGACUUCUUUCUGGGGCUGGCAUAUCUCAAGAAAUGACAAUAGUAAUCGAUAUUAACUUAAUGAAUAAUCAAUGUAUACAUUUCCAUUUGGAAUAUUUAUUUUAUGUCUAUUGUACUCGCGUGAAAGAUAUAUCGAGUGUAAACAAACGUAAGAGUUUUCCAGAGAACUCUGAACCGCCAAAGCCAGGAGCAAACGUUAGGAUAUUUUUUUCAACUAUCCUGAGUUUCGGUCAAUAGGCGAUAAGAAAAUUGGACCAUUUACUUAAUGUAAGUCCUGAGAGCAUCGUGUGUAUGGCACACAGAAUUUCCACUUUCAAUUAGCUAUGUAGAUCAACAUGGUUUAUCCUUUUGACUCAGAAAAUAAAAAUACUUACGCUGAUACUUUAGAUAGAACUGUUUAUAGAUUUGAAAAUUGUAUGUUGAAAUCGGGCCUAGUCACUAUACCCUAGUAUACAAUGUAUAUUGUAGUUACUGAAGUAGAUGAUAAAAUGCAGGCAAAGAAUAAUUAGAACAAUGCAAGUCAGAUUAUUGCGUAUGAGUAGAGAACUUUGAUACCGUUGAUUAUACUUAUAUUCUCAUCUUUCUUACAGUUGUCUUGUUUGCUAAAAAGAAAUAUAUUUCUACUACAGCACUCAUAUGGCACUGAUCAUAGUUCAAAUAGGGACUAUUAUUUCUUCAUCAUAAUGAUAUGUAGCCGUGAUUGAUAUUUUACUGGCAAAGACAUAAGAAUAAUUAUUACUUUCGUACGGCCAUAGCUGGAGGAAAAAAGUCAUCGUAUUAGAAAAUAAAUAACUUGAAUAAUAUAAAUCAAAUUCAUUACCUGUAAAAAAAUGAAUGCAUGCGUAGGUAUCUAUAAAUUGUCGUCCAGAUAAUAUGAAUGGAUAAUACAAGUACAAAAUAUACUCGAAUAUAUUCUGAGUAAGAAAUAAUAAUCUCGCUUAAAAAUGUGUCGUAACAAAUCAUUUCGUUAUAACUUCUGUGAUUUUUAAAAUACUAUUUAGUGAUAAUUAUUUAUUAUAUUUCCCAUUAACUAUAAGAGUGCUGUGUAAAAUAACUUAUAUUUUGUUGACCUUAGAAUUAUUUAUUUGCAUCGUAUUAGGAGUGCCAAGACAGUCCGGUAUUCCGAUGAAAAACUAAAUGUUACUCAAUUUGAAUUCUAAUACCAUCAGUAGAGAGAUUAACAAGACAAAAUUAUGAUACUGCAUUUAUUGUUCAGAUUAGGUACUUCAUAAAAUUGCUAUACGAUCAGUUGCCAUAUUAGAUGAUAGAGAAUCGACAAACACAACUUAUUGUCCGCGCUAUUAAAAACAAAGAGCUUAUAAAUGGCUCGUCACUCGUUUACGGAAUGGUAACACAAUCCUUAGGAAAUAUGGAAACCAAAUGUUCGAGCACUAGCAAUUCAAGAUAUAUCAAAGAAAUAACUUACCUAAUUAUCAAAGCGAAUUUAUUCAUUAUUUUCAUCAAAUCAUCUCUGCUGUAUGGAGUGGAUCAUAGAUGGCAUGCCGCUAACCCUGAACCUUUCUAGCAUAAGUAUGGAUUAUUAUAUUACAGAUCUCACAUAAUACAGGCAUAGUAGUCGGACUAUGUAUAGUUUGAAGUUUGUUGAUUUCAGUGACAAGAACAUUACUAUCAUAAUGCAGGCAUUGAAGUUUGCAAAGUUUUUACACCAGUGUUUGUAGAACAUUAAGAUGUGAAUUAUAACUUUAAUAUGACACGAUUUAUCUGUAUUAAAAAAUAAAAGUCAAAAAUAAGUGUAAUUAUAUUAAUCACAUAAGAUUGGCUGGAUGUUUUACUGUGGUGCAACUACUGUUUAAUUAAAAUGCUUAGUUAAAAUGCA